GGAAUGUAGCCGCUGGCACCCGAGGCGGAGAUGGUCACAGACGAAGGCUUGCGAGAGUGAUCGUUCUGCGGCGUCGCACCGUUUGCGAUAGACCCUCCUCCGUGCACGAUGGCGGGAGCGGCUCCCACGGCAGGAACAGCAGGCUGGAUGGGCUUCUGCGGGUUCACAGGCGAGACGGAGUGCGAUUUGCCAUGUUGGAUCGGGGAGUGGAGGGCUUCUUCGCACCGCUCGCCGUCGCGCUCGCGUACGAGGAUUUGGCAGUGGGCUGCGUCGGCACUGCGGGCAGUGGAGACGUCUUGCCGGAGCCGGAGGAUGCGGCGAUGGCGGACUGUGCGGCGGAUUGUUGCGGUUGCGCGGAUGACACGGUGCUGGUCAUUAAGAACGUUGGGGCGCGUGGGCCACGGGAGGAUAAGUGGUGGUGUGUUCGAGCGGGAUAGCGCGUGGCGAUGGAUGAGAGCGUGGAGGAUCGGACCGGAGAUGACCGCGAUGCCGAUUCGAAGUGGAGAGAGAUGAGCGGAUACGAAGGAGGCGAGUCGAAAGGGUGGUGUCGAGUCGGAGAUUAUUAAACUGGAAGUCCUCGAAUGAAGACGUAACCCAGGAAGUGAUGGAGAAGAGAGGAAGAAGAGGAUUUCACCGGGUUCUGGAGAGAACAAAGUGAAAGGAUAUCCUGUUCAAGCUUCAACAGAAAAGUUGAGCAGUCGAACGAUUAGGAGGAU